AUUACGUCCUCAUUAUGACGAAGGUAGAUUUCUUGAUUUCAAUGAUCUCAUCGGAACGAUGUUGCAUGAAUUAACGCAUAAUAAGCAUGGUCCACACGAUGCAGCAUUCUACAAACAACUUGAUGAACUACAUGACGAAUACGAUGAAUUACUCAUUAACGGCAAAUUAGGUGAAGGAUUUUAUGGAAAUGGCUAUAAGCUUGGCCAAGGAGUAUCACAUAAUGACACACCUGAAUUGGCCAGGCAAAAAGCAUUGAAGGCCGCAGAGUUGAGAAAAAUAAUGACACAUGGAGGAGUAAAAUUAGGAGGGGUUGGCUGGGAACAUCAUGGAGUUCCGAUGAGGGAACUAACAGCAAUUGCGGCUGAAAGGAGGAAAAAUGACAUGAUUUGGUGUGGUAGUGAACGAAUUGGUAAUA